AUGAGUCACAGUGAUGCGGCCGUCGAUCUUCUUAUUCGGCUCCUUCAGAGCAAGGACGGCAGCGUCAAUGUGCUUGAACGUGACGAAUCCGUAGCCCUUGGAUUUUCCGGAACUCUUAUCGGUGAUAACGAUGGUGUUGGCUUCGUCGAGUUCGCCGUAGGCAGAGAACACCUGGCGAAGUUUAUCGGUGGUGGUCUCCCAGCCGAGGCCGCGAACGAAGAGUUUACGCUGGACGGGAUCCGCGUCGGCGACGGCGCGCACGGCCUCCAGGACAUCGGGGUGGCGGAGGAUGGCGGCGCGAUUUUCUCCACGUCUUCAGGGGAUAAGGCGCCGGUUGGGGCCGCCGGCGCCGUCCCCAUCGCGUUGGUGUGUUCUGUGUUUAAGGGGUAUGCCAAGCCGUUAUCAUCGGCCUUGCGCUUCUUGAAAACCCUAGGAGAGAGAGUCUAUCGAGUGUCUCCUUCGGAAGAGAAAACCCUACUGAGAAGAUGUGUUUUAAAACCGUCUCUCAUCGCUCUUAUAAUCUACUCAACAUCUCAAUACGACGCCGUAUCGUCCGCUAGUUUAGGUAAUGAAUCAUGGGCUGGUGGUGUGUUUAGGCCCUCCUGUCUCGUGGGCAAGCUCUUGGAGCUUGAACUAACCACCAAUGCCUUAAGCUUCAAGGCAUCCUCAUCCCCAUCCCUUGCCCGACUCGUGAUCGUCUCCAAAUUCUUAUACAAGCUCUCCUUCACGAUUUUCCUCAUCAACACCUUCCCUUCCUCCUCAGCACCCCUCCGAUCGUCCACUGGUAACCCAAUCGCCGCUCUCCUCCCUACCUGCGGGCCCGAGUGCGGGCCCACUCUCAUUUGCCUCUCGUCCUUGAACCACUGCAGUAUCUUGAGGGCCCUCUUUCGGCCCAACGGGCUUCCCAACAAAGCUAGCCCGAGAAGCACCUGA